UAUGGACUGCGCACGCGUGCUCCGGUUGCUUGUGGGGUCAUGAUUGUAUAACUGGCUUGUGUAAGCUGCUCAGCGCUGAGAGCUCUGCGUUUAUUAGGAAAGUUCCGCACAGCUCAUCUGCCAGGAUUGGAUGCGUCCCAGAUAUCGAGGUAUACAAUGUGUGGUGCGCUGAAGAGAAGAUUCUUGCUACUUUAUGGGACCCAGAAAGGACAAUCUGAAGCUAUUGCUGAGGAAAUAUGUCAACAGGCAGAGCAGUACGGUUUUGUUCCUGAAAUGUUCUCUCUUAAAGAUAUCGACAAGUUUAACCUGGAGAAUGAAAAGGAUCCUGUGGUUAUUGUCAUUUCAACUACUGGAACUGGAGAUCCUCCAGAUACUGCUUUAAAAUUUGUGAAGAGAAUUCGAAACAAGGAUCUACCAGAUGACUAUUUUGCACAUCUGCGAUAUGGAUUGUUAGCCCUUGGUGACUCUGAAUACACAUACUUUUGCAAUGGUGGAAAAGUAGUUGACCGAAGACUUCAAGAGCUGGGUGCCAAACAUUUUUAUGACACUGGAUAUGCUGAUGAUUGUGUAGGUUUGGAGUUGGUUGUAGACCCAUGGAUUAAAGACCUCUGGGAUGCCUUAGAAAAAGAAUACUUAUGUAAGGCAGAAAAUAAAAAGACGAGUGAGGAAUCAAACAAUGUAACCAAUGGAAACCAUAAUAUUUCAGAAGUACUUGGAAGUUUGGACAUGCAGAUGAAAUCUCUUAGCCUUGAAAGCGAACUGGCCUCAGAUGGCACAUCACAAAACAAAGCUGUGUCAGAUGCUUGCAAACAAGAUGAGCACUCCCUUGUCCACUCAGUGCCUCCCUUGUGUCAGUGUAGCCUUAAUGCUGCUGUACCUUCUUCGCAUCUAGAUGUACUUGUUCUUGACACUGUAGCAAAGGAUACUGAUUUUACAAGUUUGCUGUACCCUGAAGAUGAGAUUUUCACAGUUCCCAUCAAACAAGCUAAGAGACUCACUACAAAUGAUGCUGUGAAAACUACUUUAAUGCUGGAGCUUGACAUUUCAAAUACUACAAUUGACUUUCAGCCCGGGGAUUCCUUUGGCAUAGUUUGUCCAAAUCCAGAUGAUGAAGUAAGAGAUCUAAUUAUCAAGCUGGGAUUGUCUGAUCAGAAAGAUUGCCAAGUGUGCCUGACUGUUAACUCUAAAACAAAAAAAAGAGGUGCAGUGAUACCUGAUUAUGUUCCAGAAAAGUGUUCUGUGCAAUACCUGCUGACAUGGUGCCUUGAAAUACGGGCUUUGCCAAAGAAGGCCUUCUUGCGUGCACUGGCGGAGUAUACAUCUGAUGCUGCGGAGAAGCGAAGGUUGCUGGAGCUGUGCAGUAAACAGGGCAGCUCAGAUUAUAACUGUUUUAUUAGAGACCAUGCAGUCAGCGUGUUGGACCUUCUCAAUGCAUUCCCAAGCUGCCGGCCUCCAUUAGGCUUAUUAAUAGAACAUUUUCCAAAGCUACAACCAAGAUCCUACUCUGCUGCCAGCUCCGGUUUAUUUCAUCCAGGAAAAUUGUUCAUCGUUUUCAAUGUCGUAACCUUUGAACCUUGCUCAGGGCGACCAUUACCUAGGAAAGGUGUUUGUACUGGCUGGCUUGCUGAACUUGUGAGAGAAAAUGCUGAAACAUCUGUAUCCAAAGCGAUGGCUGCCCCUGGCAGUUUAAACAUGUUCACUGCAGAACCACAGAUACCAAUAUUUAUCCGACCAUCUACUUUAUUCCAUUUGCCAUUGGAUUCAUCUAUCCCUAUUAUAAUGGUGGGGCCAGGAACAGGAAUUGCACCAUAUAUUGGUUUUUUACAGCACAGGAAAAUGCAGCGUCAAAAGGAGAAGGAAUGCAUAUUUGGAGAAACAUGGUUGUUUUUUGGUUGCCGCAGCCAUGAUAAGGACUAUUUAUUUAGGGAUGAACUGAGACAUUUUGUUAAAAAUGGUACAUUAACACAUUUAAAGGUAUGCUUCUCAAGAGAGGCACCGCCUACUGCAAAUGAAUGUGUGCCAAAAUAUGUUCAGGAAUACCUAAAAGUUUUCUCUCAAGAUGUUGUCCGAAUAUUAAUCAAAGAAAAUGGAUACUUUUACAUCUGUGGAGAUGCAAAAAAUAUGGCCAAGGAUGUUAAUGCUGCCUUAGCUGAUAUUUUAUGUGCUGAGCUGUGUGUGGACCAGCUGGAAGCUAUGAAGAUACUUGCAAAACUAAAAGAGGAUAAGAGAUAUUUACAGGACAUUUGGUGUUGAUUUUUAAAAAUACUGUUUAUCAUAAUAUACACCCAGACUAUAUUGUAAAGAAAACAAAUUGUGAUGUUUUUAAACCUUUUGUAAAGCAAUAGAUUUAUAUUGUUCUGUAAGAGAACAUCCCAACUGUAGUUGUACAGUAUAUUGCAAAGCAAAUGGUUUUAAUACUCCAUAUGAAAAACCUACAGCAAACCCUGCAGCUUCUCCUGGAUUUGUGCCUAUUGUACUGUGGUAAACUGUAGAAGUGGUUUGUAAGUGGCUAGUUGUAUAUUCUUUUAACCCCUUAAGGACUCAGGGUUUUUCCGUUUUUGCACUUUCGUUUUUUCCUCCUUACCUUUUAAAAAUCAUAACCCUCUCAAUUUUCCACCUAAAAAUCCAUAUUAUGGCUUUUGUUUUGCGUCACCAAUUCUACUUUGUAAUGACAUUAGUAAUUUUACCCAAAAAUUCACGGGGAAAUGGAAAAAAAAAUAAUUGUGCGACAAAAUCGAAGAAAAAACGCCAUUUUGUAACUUUUGGGGGCUUCCGUUUCUACGCAGUGCAUAUUUCGGUAAAAAUGACACCUUAUCUUUAUUCUGUAGGUCCAUACGGUUAAAAUGAUACCCUACUUAUAUAGGUUUGAUAUUGUCGUACUUCUGGAAAAAAUGAUAACUUCUGACCCCUAUAACUUUUUUUUCCAUGUACAGGGCGGUAUGAGGGCUCAUUUUUUGCGCCGUGAUCUGAAGUUUUUAACGGUACGAUUUUUGUUUUGAUCUGACUUUUCGAUCACUUUUUAUUCAUUUUUUAAUGGUAUAAAAAGUGACCAAAAUACGCUUUUUUGGACUUUGGAAUUUUUUUUGCGCGUACGCCAUUGACCGUGCGGUUUAAUAUAUUUUUAUAGUUCGGACAUUUACGCACGCGGCGAUACCACAUAU